AUGCGCGCUCUCGGUGCGACGCCGCGCUCAUUUGAGCGCUCGUUUGAGCGCCUCGCGAAGAAUCGUUUCGCAUACAAGCUUCUCGCGGUCGCGAUUAGCGAAUUCGAUCAAGUCUUGUACAUGGAUGCCGAUAAUAUCGCGCUUACAGCGAACUUGUGUCGACUUUUUGACACGAGCGAAGAUUACGCGCGCACCGGGGCUUUAUUAUGGCAAGACUUUUGGUCGUCGAGCGCGGCUCCCGAUUUGUUCGACGUCCUGCCGUCGUCGCCUGCGCUCGAUUUCAACGGCACGCACGAGAGCGGGCAGUUUCUCGUCCACAAGUCUCGUGUGUGGCGCGCACUUGCGCUCGCACUCUUCAUGAAUGCGUACCCGGAGAUAUUUUCUCCAUUAAGCGGCAACUACAUGGGAUGGGGAGAUAAAGAGUUUCUCGCCUCAGCCUUAGCCGCGACGAAGACGCCCUUCGCGCGCGUUUCGCGCUUACCCCAACACGUCGGCGUCGCCGUGCACGACCGCAUUUCAAUCUGGGGCAAUGCCAUGCUCCAGUUCGAUGACGCCGACGUCCCACUGUUCCUGCACGCCAACGUCGGCAAAAUCGUCGCUCGCGACUUUCCGUGCGCGAACGUCUCCGCGUACGUACACCGAUGGACAUCGCACGCCGAUGUCCUCGCACGAGCAACUAACACGCGCGACUUCGAGCUCGACUGGCUCGUUGAUACCGCGUGUUCCGUCGUUCGCACCGUUUCGGACGACGAUCACACCGACGUCGCCUUCGCUCGCGCUCCUUUGCUUGAUGGCAUGCACCUCGCCGACCACCCGGGUGCACUAGGUAAAUAG